GACACCCGCGUGCUGCGCUGCGCUGCGUCGCGCGUCUGCGGCGGACUCACACUCGACCACGGCGGACGGCCACACACCCCUGACACGCGCCCUCAGCUGCACACAAUGAAGACGGAGUACCGGGUGUGCGCGGCGUGCCAGGAGCCGAUCACGGACAAGUACCUGCUGCAGGUGAGCGGCCGCACGUGGCACGCGCACUGCCUGCGCUGCUGCGUCUGCCAGCUCGCCCUCGACCGCCAGCCCUCCUGCUUCAUCAAGGACGACAGCGUCUACUGCAAGGCCGACUACGCCAAGAGCUUCGGGGCCAAGUGCGCCAAGUGCUGCCGCGGCAUCUCUGCGAGCGACUGGGUGCGCAAGGCGCGCGCGCACGUCUACCACCUGGCGUGCUUCGCGUGCGACGCCUGCAAGCGGCAGCUCUCCACGGGCGAGGAGUUCGCGCUGCACGAGGACCGCGUCCUCUGCAAGACGCACUACCUCGAGACACUCGACGGCGGCAGCACCUCCUCUGACGAGGGCGGCGAUUCGGAGAGUUACCACAAGAACAAGGCGAAGCGCGUGCGCACCACGUUCACGGAGGAGCAGCUGCAGGUGCUGCAGGCCAACUUCCAGCUGGACUCGAACCCGGACGGCCAGGACCUGGAGCGCAUCGCGCAGAUCACUGGCCUGAGCAAGCGCGUCACGCAGGUCUGGUUCCAGAACUCGCGCGCGCGCCAGAAGAAGCACCUGCACACCGGCAAGAUGAAGACACAGAUGCACCACGCGCCGCCGCCGCUGUCUCGCGACGCUGAAGCCGCGGCGACGUUCGGCCGGCACAUCAACCUGCAUCUCACCUACUCCUUCCAGGCGCAGCAGCCGCCGCCGCCCAAGGCCGCCGCCGCCGCCCUCUUCGUGCCGCACGCGCAAGACUCUUCGAUGGACGAGCUGUCCUCCGACUCGAUGGUGCAGUGCAUGCGCGGCGAGGUAUGAGACGCGCCCACGGCGCUGGCGGGGCACCUGGACGACGGGUGACUGCUGGCGCCGCGCGCGGCCGCCGAUCGAAGCUGCCUAUGACGCCCACUGCCGCCUCGCUCGCUCGGUGCCGUCUCCGUUAGUGGACGGACUGCGCGUCUUACUAGGGGACGUGAUAAGCAAGCUACUCGUCCACGUUACACACUGGCACCACAAGGACUGCUGGAAACGCUAAUACUUGGUUAUCCUUCUCACUGUUUUUGUUACUGAUCGUCCUGUACUUGAAAGCUGAAAUAUGCGAACGAUUCUUGCCUUAAUUGUAAACCAGUAACUUAUGUCUAUGCUGCUAGACUUAGUCUGUACGAUAAAAGAAGACUGUCAUUGUCUGUGUGGCUCCUACAUAAUUUAUUUUUCUUCUGUAGUCGUUAAUUCGCCACAGAUACUGAUAGAAAAAACGUACGUUAAGAUGAGACCUUCAGUUUUCACGUCUUGAGUUCUGAAGACAGUCUCAGGCGUGUAAUAGUGCUGCUGUGUAUAUAUGAGCUCACUGCAGUCUUUAGGAACUAUGAUCUAAUCGACGCAAAGAAAAAGCUGUCCUCUUCAGAAUAUCGCUUAAAUGCCACAAAGUAUCGCCACAGAGCUGUGCAUUGCACAAACUGCUGGAGGAUAUGCCUUUACUAUUUUGAUCACGCAAAUGUAACCUCGUUUCAGAAGAUAUCGUAUAUAAAAUGUGGAGCGAGCUUUUCUCCAAUUAUCUGCCAUCCGUGCUUUUCACCAUAGUGUAACAUCAGUGUAUUAAAUGGAAUGUCAAAGCUUUGCUUAAACUCUUGUAUAAACAUUGACUUUAUUUAAGUCACUGCAUUUUGCCGGGAACUGUCCGUUCUGAAAAAGAUAGAAUCCUGCGAACAUUUCUUGUACUGUUUGAAAUCAGCCUCAAGAACCUAAUAACCGGCAUGAGUGAAUUUCUUAUACAAAUGACUGUAUCCAGUGACUGAAAACUUUUUUGAAACUGUGUUUCUGUUUCAGAAGCCAAGAUAUUAUCUGUUGAACUGUGUACAGUACUUGGAUGUUAAAAAGUUCUAAAAAGUUAUUUACUAAGCUUUCCGGUAUUAAUGUAUUCUCUACCUGUAGAAUCUUACAUGUUUGACUAUUUAGUCAUUUGGUAUGGAGACUAUCAGUGUAAUUAUAAACAAAUGCUUACUGCAGCCCUCAUCACAUUUGUCGACAAGGUGUUAAUGUACUCUUCGCCUUCGUUGUCAGUUACCAGUUUAACAAUAAAAUUGUCGUCGUUCUCAUCUUAAGAUGUAUACAGUAUCUCUUGAGAUGCAAGAAGCAAAAAUUAAAAUGUUUUCUAUGUAGUUUACUUACAUCCAAAGCGUAAGAAAAUUAAUCUUGCCAUACUUAUUGACUUGUGAUACUGUUUAUGUUCGCCUACUUUGAAAUCUAGGUGACUGUGGUUUUCAUUUCGGCCUCAAAGUACCUAUCUGUGGUUAUUCAAUUUCAUAUAUCGUGAUGUACGAAAUUUUUUGUGGAUUGAGUGUUAGAAUCUAAUUAAGGUCUUAGUUGCAAAAUUCCUAAUUUAACACUGAUGACGCCCUCGAGGUGAAUAAUGAUACGCCGUUCAUCUUCAGUCUUUCUACAAUUAUUCUGGUAGCGUUACUGGCCACGAAAGCCAGUGCCAACCUAACUACAUAAAUUCCAACGGAGAGAUGCAAGCGAAUGAAGGCGAGUGAGAAAAUUAUGUUCCCCUGCCGUGUUAUCCGCAUUAACAUGGUCAGAAAAUAAUCUAUUGAAUCUGUGCAUGUAAUUUCUUAAUUGUUGCAAACGUUUUCCUCUUGGAGUCGUUACACAUUUGAAUAACGAGUCUCUUCCAAGUGGAACAUGCCAUCUGUAUGUCCAUUGUGUAUUUGUCUUAUCCAAUACAGUGUACUUCUGCCUCUGUUCGCAUUCUCUGCCCUCAAUAGCUUGCAUUUAAUCGACAAGGGAGCUAAAGCUUACUUCAAACAUGUAAAACAUUCUCCGUAUUCUAGCACCUUCAGACAGGAAUUUCAGAUUGAAACAACUCUACACAGUUCUUAAUAUAAUAUAUUUAUUCACCUAGGCCACCUGUUUUCUGCCAGAAUCGUUGAAGGCAUCGUAGCAAGCCCUCACACAAAUGACAGUACACACAGCAAGCGUAUUGUGCUAUAUGCGCUAUGCUCAUGACUUCUCGUUCUAGCAGGAUACCGGAACCAGUGAGGCAUUUUGAAUGACAUUAUGAAUUUCUUUACAGCACUCAAGGUCCAUUGAAACGAAGAGUAUGAAGAUUGAUGCUUGUCGUGGUUUGCAGUGAAAAUUUUUCGCAAAAAAUGGCAGUAAAUGUAGUAAAUAUGGAGACCUAGGUGGCCCCCUGUCGUCACAGCGCUGUUUGCGCCCCGUUACCCAAUGUUUACGUCGCAAAGCACGUGAAACUGUACUGAACCAACUUUCGUAUUUAGCACAUUCUCUUGUGAAACUUUUCGUUGCAAACCGCAUCAUGAAUCAUUAUACCCUACAUUUCAAGGACAUGACUGUGUUACAGUUGUAGCUACUUGCAAUAAUAACACGUAGCUGUCUCAGUUUCUGGAUGGGUAAAAGCGAAGUUGAGACCAUAAUAAUUUCUCCUUUGUGUACCGUCACUACACGGACACCUCUUUUCGAUAUCUACAACACUUUAAGAAAUAUUUGUGUUACUAGCUGAGGUGACACGCCGGGAAGCCUGGACCAAUGCUGCAUUUGACCGGGUGCGACGUACCCUUUCUCUGGGCCACUGGACGUACAAAAGCAAAGAUGGAAGCUAUUUCGUUGGAUUUUGCCCCUGACAGUGGAAAAGGCGUCGACUGCGUCACAGUGGAAGAUAUUUUGCGAACAUUACAUAUUCUGAAACCAACCACAGCGUCAUCAGUUUAUUCUAUUUAACAGAAACAAAUUGUCAAACAUAUUCUGACCGCCACUGGGACACAGACUCGACAUUUGAUGACAGUGCAGUAUUUUCAAAACAACUCUCGCUUCUUGAGAUCAUCCAUGACAACGAAGUGAUUUGUCAGCCUGCGACACUGAACCUUCUGUUUUCCUUUUUUCGUGCCCUGUAUUUCAGACCGGGCGAUGGGAUCCAAAAUUAAGGCAGUGGGAUGGCAUUCGGGAGGAGUGGGAUUCAGAUUCCCGUCGACUCACUCCAAUUUAGCAUUUUCUAAAUCGCUGAAAGCGUAUGGCGGGAUGGAUCCUAUGAAUAGGACACUGCCGAUUUUGUUGUGAAGGUGCCUGUGAGGAUGUAUUGAUUGGUGCUAAUAGUGGAAGUUAAUGGGCAAAGUGAGCAGCCGUGGAAAAUCGCUCUCUUAUGUAAGUACUGUCAUCCGUAAUAUGCAAUACAUAAUGCAUACUCCUCAAACAACACUGUUGUAUCUUCAGAGCAUUAUUUCUGGUAGAUUGCUUUUUGUAGAUUGUUGUAGAUGUUCACUGCAUCCUCCUCCGCGCGGGCAUUUCAACCACAUCAUCUUAACCUUCUUCAAUACCUACAAUUUUUCUCUUGUAUUUCAACUGCAAUCUUGCCUUUGCAUUCGUAAUUUUCUUUCAACCGAGCAUGUUCUGCUCCAGUAUGGAAAUAUGUCGUUAAUUCUAACGGUUGUGUUUGCACGCACUCACUCAUUUUCUUGAAUUCUCGGUUGAUUUUUAGCAGUAAUCCGUUUUUGUUGUAACAAUAGUCUUAUUACUGAUGUUCAUCGAAAGCCAGACGGUUGCAAGAAAAAGCAUUCAUUCCUUAUCAAACAAAGGUCCGUUCAUGUGAUGCUCAGAAGACCUUCAGAGGAACAGUCUAAACAAAGCAGAUUUGUGAGAUUUUGCUUGAAGUAUCAGUCCUGUAACCAAAAUUUUACUUUAAGUCUUAAUGUAUCUGCGUGUAUAAUGAUAAGAUAAUGCAUAAAAUAAAUAACGUUCUUCCAGAUUAAAAUUUUUUGUCUUAAUAUAAGACGAAUUCUCGAAAAAAGACAAGAUGAUUAACGCUACAAAUUUAUUACUUGCCACAUCAGUAUUUUUAGCAAUCGUUUAAAAUAUCUGAACCUGAGGUCUCCAUACUAAAGGCACAUAUAGAGCAAUUUCUUUCUAAUUACAAAAAUGUUACUAAGUUGUAAUGUCACUGUUUCAUCUUAGCCUGAGAAUUUCACCAGUCUGUGCUAUAGUGUUUUGUAUAUAUUCA